CGUCAUAAAAAGUCUAAAGAUAACGACGCCAUUUUCCUUAUUCGACAAACGGUGAACUUCUGCAUUCGAUUAGACAAAGGUGGACAGGGUGUGCCGGCCGCUGGGUUUGAAUAAGAAGGAACCUGAGACUCCCAACACCAUCAUAGUGCGGGCACCAUGAGCUACAUGCAGCAGCAGGCCCGGCCAGGGCGCCAGUCGUCUGGGUACCCGGCGGCACCCGACACCAGCGGCAAUGAGCACGUCAAGAUGUGGCAGCAGGCCAACUACCUGGGCGGCGGCGACUCCGGCAUCAACUCCGGCGCCACCACCCAGGCGCCGUCGCUGACCGGCAAAGAGGACGACAUGGAGACUGCCGACAUGAUGUUCGACCCAAACUACGCCGGAUACAGUCAGGGCCAGGUCGAUGACAUGAACCAGACUCUGAGCCAGACGCGCUCUCAGCGGGUGCGCGCCGCGAUGUUCCCGGAGACGCUGGACGAGGGUCUGGAGAUCCCCAGCACGCAGAUGGAGCGCGGCCAGCCGACGGCCGUGCAGCGGCUGGCCGAGCCCAGCCAAAUGCUGCGCCACGCCGUGGUCAACCUCAUCAACUACCAGGAUGACGCCGACCUGGCCACGCGCGCCAUCCCGGAGCUGAUCAAACUGCUCAACGACGAGGACCAGGUAGUGGUCAGUCAGGCGGCCAUGAUGGUGCACCAGCUGAGCAAGAAGGAGGCCAGCCGACACGCCAUCAUGAACUCGCCACAGAUGGUGGCCGCCCUGGUGCGCACCCUGUCCAACAGUAACGACCUGGAGACGACGCGCGUGGCCGUGGGCGCGCUGCACAACCUCUCGCACCACCGCCAGGGACUGCUGUCCAUCUUCAAGUCGGGCGGCAUCCCGGCUCUCGUCAAGCUGCUCAGCUCGCCGGUCGAGUCUGUGCUGUUUUACGCCAUCACGACGCUGCACAACCUGCUGCUGCACCAGGAGGGCUCCAAGACGGCCGUCCGGCUGGCCGGUGGACUCCAGAAGAUGGUCGCCCUGCUGCAGCGCAACAACGUCAAGUUCCUGGCCAUCGUCACCGACUGCCUGCAGAUCCUGGCCUACGGCAACCAGGAGAGCAAGCUCAUCAUCCUGGCGUCGCAGGGUCCCGUGGAGCUGGUGCGGAUCAUGAGGAGCUACACGUACGAGAAGCUGCUCUGGACCACCUCCCGCGUCCUGAAGGUGCUGUCGGUGUGCUCGUCCAACAAGCCGGCCGUGGUGGACGCCGGUGGUGUGCAGGCGCUGGCCAUGCACCUGGGACACCAGUCGCAGCGGCUGGUGCAGAACUGUCUCUGGACACUGAGGAACCUCUCCGACGCCGCCACCAAAGUGGAUGGUCUCGAGGGCAUGAUCAACUCUCUGGUGGCCCUGCUCGGCGCUGCUGAUGUGAACGUGGUGACCUGCGCUGCCGGCAUCCUGAGCAACCUCACCUGCAACAACCAGAGGAACAAGGUGGUUGCCUGCCAGGUCGGCUGCAUUGACGCCCUCAUCAACACCAUCUUCAACGCCCGUGACCGUGAGGAGAUCACGGAGCCGGCCGUGUGCGCCCUGCGCCACCUGACCUCGCGUCAUCCGGAGGCCGACAUGGCCCAGAACGCCGUGCGGCUCAAUAACGGUCUACCGGUCAUCUGCAAACUGCUGCACCCGCCCAGCCGCUGGCCGCUCGUCAAGGCCGUCGUCGGACUGGUGCGUAACCUGGCACUGAGCCCGGCCAACCACGGCCCUCUGCGGGACCAGGGCACCAUCGGCCGGCUGGUGCAGCUACUGGUGCGCGCCUUCGAGGACUCGCAGCGCCGCACGUCGGUCGCCACCGGCGGCAGCAACUCGACCGGCGCGUUUGUCGACGGCGUGCGCAUGGAGGAGAUCGUGGAGGGCACGGUGGGCGCGCUGCACAUCCUGGCGCGCGAGGCCAACAACCGCGCCGAGCUGCGCGCUCAGUCGGUCAUCCCCAUCUUUGUCCAGCUGCUGUUCAACGAGUUCGACAACAUCCAGCGCGUGGCCGCCGGCGUGCUGUGUGAGCUGGCCGCCGACAAGGAGGGGGCCGAGAUGAUCGAACGCGAGGGCGCCACGCCGCCGCUGACCGAUCUGCUGCACUCGCGUAACGAGGGAGUCGCGACGUACGCUGCUGCGGUGCUGUUCCGCAUGUCUGAGGACAAGCCGCACGACUACAAGAAGCGCCUGUCCAUGGAGCUGACCAACUCCCUGAGCCGCGACGAGGGCGGCAUGUGGAACGGCGGCGACAUGAGCAUGCCGCCCGACCUGCAGGAGAUGCUGGCCCAGGACCAGGGCUACGACGGCCUGUACGGACCGGGGACACCGAGCAUCCGCUCCGGACACGGGCCCUACGGACAGGGCUACGACCCGGUGCCGGUGGCGUCUAUGGAGGGCCUGGAGCUGGGCUCGGCCGGGCCGGCCAGCAACUACGGUCCCCUCGACCCGAUGGACGUGGGCGGACCGGGCUCUGUGCCGCCCGACAUGGGCUUCGACACUAUGGGUGACCUGCCGCCGCCGCAGCCGCCGCGCGACAACAACCAGAUGGCCGCCUGGUACGACACGGACCUUUAGACGCCACGCCGUCCGUCGCCGCCGGCCGCUGCUGCCCGAUCAGUGUACAGUGCUAGCGUGUAGUGGUCGCGCCGCCCUGUCCGUGCGCCGCCCCCUCUGAGGUCAGGUCGGGUCAGCACGGCGCACGCCCCGCUCCGACUCAGACGGCUCGCUGUGGCUGUCUCUCACUCCAACACCGGCUGAGCUCCGGCGAGGCCAGAGAGCCGGGGUCUGAGCGCGCGCCGCGCCGGCCCGACCCCGCUGUAAGAUUGCCGCCCGCCGCCGCUGCUGCCGCCCCGCCGCGCGCCUGACGUUAGAUGUAAGCUGCACGGCUCCGCCCGGCGUCCCUGCACGCCCGCCGGAUGCCGGCUGAGCGUCCGCCGCUCACCGCCCCCCCCCCCCCGCUACUCGGUCCCCCCGCGCGCCGGCCGCAGCCCGAGCUUCUCCGCGCAGAGUAUCCAGCCGGCGCCGGACCGAUCGAGCGUCUCGAGCGGCGUCUGUCCCGACGCAACACGCGAGGUGGUGGCCCGCAGCCGGAGGCGCUUUCAGUGGUGCAAAUCACAGAUGUAAUCUUAGAUGGACGCGAGGUUCUGCCGACGUGAGAUGAUUCCGUGCGGACGGCGCUAGGAAUAUUGUAAUCAAGGCGGGGGUCCUGUCCGCGAGUUUGGCCUAAGGUUUAGCGUAAGAUUUAUCGGCUGCCGUCUCCGCGGUGUCGGCUCGCACGCGCGUCGGAACUUCGUCCCGCACACAAUUCGGUGUCGUUUAUUUCCACGGCUCGUACCGUUCGCGCUGUUUUCCUGCCGCCGCACCUGUUAAUGAUGAUCUCGCACUCUCGCGGUCGUGGCAGUUCCCCCCUCUGCGCUAGCCCCCUCUGGAUGCUCUUCCCCCUCCAAUGUCGAGCUAGCGCUCCUUUCUCUAGUCUGCCCAGCUCUGUAUCAAGAUGAUUGGAGCUCUCGAGGCAGCUAGCAGGCCAUACUUUUAUCGGUGCUGUAGCGCGUAGAUCGCAAUCGGUCCUCCUGAGCAGGCUUUGUGAGAUUUUAUCGACACGACACAGUCAUUGUAUUCCAAUAGAACCUUUUCUAUCGCUUUAA